UUGAACUUCAACCGAAUUCGUUGUACCAUAAUGGCGGAUAUAGGUUCAUUUGUGUUUUUGCACCAGGAAACGACAGGAUUGUCAGGCGAUUUUGGGACUAUAAAUGUUACGGAACUUUCGUUGAUUGCUUGUUCGAAACUGCAUUUUCUGAACACAACAGAUGGAAAUAUUCCGAGAGUGCUACACAAGCUUACAUUUUGCUUUAAUCCUCAAGGGUCCAUCUCAACGAUAGCAUCACAGAUAUCAGGAGGAUUGUACAAUAAUCUUCUUGAAAGGGAAAGCAAAUUCGACUACGAGACUGCCCAGUCAAUAUUGCUGUUUCUGAAACGACUGCAACCCCCGCUCUGCCUGGUGGCGCACAACGGAAUCAGAUUUGAUUUUGGCCUUUUGAAAAAUAAGCUCAAAGUUUUGGAAAUUAUGCUGCCUGUUGAGACGUACUGCAUCGAUACACUGACAUUUUUCAGAAAUGUUGAAAAUAUCCCCAAUCCAUCACUUGGGUACUUCCGGCUGGUCAGUAUUUAUGAGCGCUAUUUUCACGUUCCUCUCGAAAUAAACGCUGAAGAAAAGGCGAAAGCUUUGCUGAAAUGUGUGAUUAGGUAUGGACCUAUGUUUGUCCAGCACGCUGAAAUGAAAUGUGUUGAAUUCAAUGAAAUCUAAGCAACAACAUUGAAUUUUAGAAAUUCACGUGAACUCUGAAGUAAAUAAAGUUGAUUUGAGUAACGGCCUAUCUACAAUCACUUAGCUUAGCAAUGAUAAGUAAAGUAAAUUACAAUCAACUUAGACACUAAAAAAAGCAAAUCUU